CUGGGUUUGAAAAAUGCGUAUACCUAUGCAUUAGAAAAACGUAAGUCCGCGUUUUCCGAUACAUAAAAAAUGAAAUAUGAUAGCUUUGAUAAGAAAAUAUGUAUUCACAGCAUUGAGAAAUUGGUAAAAUUUCGUACUUUUUAUUUCUUGUACAUGUAUUUCGGGUUUUUCGACGCCCGGCAACCUUCUAGGUUAGUUCAAUCAACGUUUUUCUUCACAUAAUCAUGGAAACGACGCAUUUUAGUAUUGUUAAGCAGAAAAUUAUUAAAACAAACGAUCUUCUGCAGGUGUUUGAGGAGCAAAAAUGUAAAUUGUUAAAUACAACUAAGCUCUACAAGGAUGUGAAAAUGAAAUACGAGAAUGUGUUGUCCGAAAAGAAGCGACUGGCAAUGGAAAAUGAAAGGAUUUCAUAUGUACUGAAUAAUCUUAAACCAAAACAUGACCUGUGUACUUCAGAACUUGAAACGCUGCAAGUAGAACAUAGUAAACUAGUAGAGAAAUAUGAAAAAACUCUCAUAGAAUGCCAAUUGAAUUACAAACGGUUGGAAGAUGGACUGGAAAACUGCACUUGUGAUAAAGCAGGGAAAAAAGGCAGACAAACUGUUGAUGCCAAAAAAGAAAAAGUUAAAGAACUAACUGAGAAAUGUGACCUGUAUAAGCAGAUCGAAAUUGAAAUUCGAAAGGAAAACGCGGCCUUAAUUUUGAAGUCAAAUCAGUUCUCCUCUGAACUUGAAAACCUUAAAAAGAGGCACCAAGAUGAAGUUAAAACUUUAGCCUUCAAAAACUCUAUACUGCAAUCGGAUGUAGAUGUAUUAAAAAAAAAAAUCGAAUGUUUAAACCAAAAAUUAAAGGAGUCCAGUUCUUUGCGUUUGGAGUUGGCUUCUCUGGAACACGAGAAAGAUUUUGAAGUUUCUAGGUUAAAGAGAAAAGUCAGAACCUUAUCUCGAGAACGAGAGCCGUUUGAAACGUUCUCUCAGGAGACCCAGACUUCAAAAAUUGUCUCGGUCGAGCAUAGCGUGCAAACGGACAAAAAUCCACUUUUAAAUGGGGUAAAUAUUGCAACACAAACAGAUGAAAACAUGACCACUGACGAGAUCUAUUCAGUGAGCGACAUCUUCGGGGAAAUGAUAUUGCCAGACUUGUUGAGUCCCGUCAGUCCAUUUUCGGUUUGCCAAGACGACGAGAUUACCCCAGGUGACAAACUUUACGACGUUUCGAACGAGGCGGGCCAUACGUCACCAUCGCCGACAUUACCCGACAUUAUAGUCACGCCCCCCACCCCAGGUACGGAAAAAUCGGUUCCCGGCAUCUUCGAUCUGCCAUGCCGGCCAGAAAACAAAGCCGCAAGAAACCCUCGAAUGGAACGAGCCCGCGCCAACAAAGAAAUCACGAGAAUGCACCGCCACAUGUACAAAAGAAAACUAAUGCGUCUGCAGGGGAAACGGAACGCAAGAAUAAAAGAAAAAUCCUGUUCCCAGGACGACGUCGUAAACGUCCUGAAAUUGCUGAGGGAAAACGAUAUAAACUUCACGGUCGCGAACGGGUCCGACGGCCGGUGUCGUCGGUGCGUUUGCCCGCCCAUAUACAUUACCAACGAACGUAUCACGUGCCAGAGCAAGGGGUGUAUCUCGGACCAACAUUACAUGGUGCUCGACAACCGUCACGGAGCGGAGUCGGAACUGUUGGGCUUUUUGAACGUCAAGGAGGAAGAAGGGAUCAAAAGUUUAAGCUACGGUGUCAAAUCCGAGCAACAGUUCGACUUGAGAUACCUCAUCGACGGAUUGCUCGACGGCAUACGGGAACUAGUCGCCGAGCAACGAAGACGCACGUACAAGAAACCGAAAAGGAAAAUAUCCGAUUUUAAUUCGGCGACGGAGUCGGAACUGGAGAAACUCUUCGCGAGGCCUAAAAACGUUCUCGUCAGGAACAAAAUGCUCUUGAGAGCUGCCAAAGAACAAAGAUACAACGCCGAGACGGAUUCGGAGUAUAUGGUCGACUCGGGUUUGGUCACGGGCACGCCCAACAUGGACGAGAGCAGUUUGUCGUCCGUCGCUCUCGAGGAUUCUCUGAGCCCGUUCAAGAAUUCGACUUGCCCGACGAUGCUCAGUCCUCUGGCGUCGGAAAAGGAUUACGCGUGUUCUGAAAGGGAGCACGCGGUUGGCACUAUCGUCAGAUCGAUUGUCAAUGACCACCAGUACACCAAUAGGUGUGAAGAUUCGGGCCCCUCGCGCUACUUCCUAAGGAACAAAAGAAAAAGUUGCGAGGUCAAAUCUCCCUCUGGCUGUUCGAAGAGGAGCAAGGGCGAAACAUCUGUAAGGUUAUCGUUCGCGAACCUGUUCGAGCAGCCCAUUUACGGAUUGGACUCUAGUUAUGACGCGCAGAAUGGAGCACGCACACAUGUUUCGUCGGAGGUCGAGGCGUUGAACCUACAAGAAGGUGACGUUACCGCCAUAACAGAGACCGUCGUCGAAUCGUAUGAAUGCGUGCUCCCUGAAGAGAAAAAGAGUGCUUCUAGAGUGGUGGAGGUGGGCGAAGAAACUACCCCGGCCUUAUUUCCUUUAAACAUAUCGACGGGUAAAGAGGAGAAGGGAGCAGUAGCGGAUUUACCAACAAACAAAUUGAAUGAACACAGCAACUCAAAAAUGAAACGUAUCAGCAUAGAGUCAUCGUCAGACGAACUACCAGCUUCACACUUGAAUCUUCCUCCUCGGGAUGGCAAGAGAGGGACAAAUCAGACGUCACGAGUUGUGGAGAAGAUCGGAUCUAAUAGCAAGAAAAACCAACCGCAGACCAACACCAGAACGAAAUUUAUCAGCAAAGAGUUCAUAUCGGACUCAUCAUCAGAUGAAGAUGUAUCAGCUGCGCGUACAAGGCAAAGCAUGAGGUCCGCGAUCGAAGAUAGAGUCGACGAUAAGAUGAUGUUAUCCGAAGUCAAAGAGGAAGAAAAGCGGCCCGAAGCUGGCUCCAUCGCGCCGUCUGAAAAGGAUUUAUUCGGCGAAGACAUCUCGAGCAGCGAUAAAGACGCGGAAGACGAUUCAUCGGCGCGGAAACGUCCUAAGUUGUGUAAAAAAAGAGCGUCGGUUAGAAACAAACUGCAGCGGGCUGUCGUCAGAAAGGCCAGAACGAUCAGACCGAUUUACAAGAACCCGAGCGACUGUGAUAUAGCAGGUAAUGAAAACGAAAAGGGACGCGGUAAAAAAAUCAAUGUGGUUCAGAAUUUUCUAAUCAAAGAGGACGGAAAAUCCGUGGACUUGCUUAAAACGGCACCGAAGAAAAGGCCCCGACUCGAUACCAACUGUCAGCCCGCAGAACCUGACAUAUUGUCCAAAGUUAUGGAAGUCAUGAACAAAGAUUUUAAGCAGCAAACCGCGAUGCGAAAGUCGAAAAUCCCCCGGCAAGACCAGCGUGCCGUAAGGAAUGGUGAAGAGGGUAAAUUCAACUUGGAGCCGGAGGGAAUCGAUGAUGAAUACGCUGACUGUCCGAAGUCGCCCGACGUCGUGGAAAUACCUGAGCAUAACCCCAUAAUUAUUCCCUCCCAAAAACCAGUUCGGAUGGUCCCGAGCCGAGUAAAAUACCUUUUCAACAAGCUGCUGAUCUAUUCCAAAGAAGAAAAGAUGUUGGACAAAAUCGUCGCGGAAUUUGCCACCCAGGACCAAAAUUAUAUCGCGGACAUCGUUAUUCAAAAACUGUCGCUCGACUACCGGGACAAGGUGGAGAACCUUUAUCCACCUGCUCCCGCCAUGACUCCCACUCAGAGGGUUCUCCUGGGAUUCUUGUCGCGGUUGCACCACACAAACCAUCCGAACAUGAUGGACACUUUUUUGCACGCUGCGGAAAUGGAACUGUUCGACCGGCGGCUGUGCAAGCUCACCAUCGUAUCGCCCAUAGCUAGGGUCUACGCCGCCAUUUGUAAGCUUCGCCGCGACCUGAACAGGCUCAGGCGAUUUUGCUGCGAAGGUUUUUACUUCAUGGGCGAUUUCGCCGUUCCCAUGUUUUUCGCGGUGCUUACCGUUUGGUCGGAGGUACUGCCCGCGGCUAGUCACUCGAACGAUUUCCCGAUCGUUAAAGUUUUGGUGCAGUUGUGCAUGUUGAAAGGCUGCAACCUGCCCGGGUACAACUUGGCGCCCCUCAGGGAUCUCUUGCGCAAAUUCUACGGUUACCCCGACGAGCGGUGGAAUUGCGACGAAGUGUUCCAAGACGUCCUGAUCGAGUACCUCAGAAAUCCAUCGGAUCGCCUCGGCGACUGCGCCCUCCUCUUGUUCCUGAAAAAUAAGCCCACCAAGUGGGUGUACCGGAAAAUGAAAGACAACAUAAUGCCUCUGAUGGAGACGAUACCGGCGGAGAACCGAAACCUGAGAGCGACGUUCAUCAUCAUGCUGGGCAACGUUUGCAACGGGUUCGACAAAUACGAAGAAUACGAUUGGUCUGUGAUACUGGAAAUGGAGCGGUGGUUCCGGAGUUUGGACAGCGACCAGCUCGACCCCCUUUCGAAGCGGAGCAUAUACUUGGCGGUGUCGAGGCUGCCUCGCAGGCCGAACCGCAGGCGGCCCGCCAAACAGAAGGGAGUUGAAGAUGCGGCGGCGGCGGCGCCGGCCAACUAGGUUGGUUUG